UCCAGCCCCUUCCCCACACCACCCUCCGCCAUCGAUUCUAUCACAGCUGAGGAGAAAAAAAAAGAAAAAGAUUUCAGGAGAAAAGGGGGGAGAGGACAAGAGGCUGCCUCCCCUGCUCCCAGCUCUGUCUUGUUCCCACCCAUGGCUCCGAGGUGGGCCCCCCCCGCCGGCCUCGUGCUUCUGGUGCUGCUCCUGGCGUCGGCGGUGAGCGGGGACAAACCGCUGAGGGGCGGGCCGUCCGGCGCGGGCAAGGAGCCGGAGUCGUCCUCCGCCAUCUUCCCGCUCUACGGCGACGUCUACCCGCACGGCUUGUACUACGUGUCCAUGAACAUCGGCAACCCGUCGAGGCCAUACUUCCUGGACGUCGACACCGGCAGCGAUCUCACCUGGCUGCAGUGCGACGCGCCCUGCGUCAGCUGCAACAAGGUGCCACACCCACUCUACCGACCAAUAAAGAACAAGCUGGUGCCCUGCGUGGAUCAGUUGUGUGCAUCCCUCCACGGUGGACUAUCCGGCAGGCACAAAUGUGACUCACCUCAUCAGCAAUGUGACUAUGAGAUUAGGUAUGCUGAUCAGGGGUCAUCCAUCGGCGUGCUCGUCAACGACAGCUUUGCGCUCCGCCUUGCAAACUCCUCUGUUGUCCGCCCUAGUCUUGCGUUUGGGUGUGGGUAUGACCAACAGGUGGGCAGCAGCAGCGAGGUGUCGCCCACUGAUGGAGUGCUUGGGCUUGGGAGCGGAUCAAUUAGUCUACUUUCACAGCUCAAGAAGCAUGGGAUCUCAAAGAACGUGGUUGGCCACUGCCUAAGCCUAAGAGGAGGGGGGUUCCUCUUCUUUGGGGAUGAUCUUGUGCCUUAUUCGCGUGCAACAUGGGCUCCCAUGGCUCGAAGUGCCUUCCGGAAUUACUACUCCCCUGGUUCAGCAAGUCUGUACUUUGGUGGCCGGUCACUAGGCGUGAGGCCAAUGGAAGUAGUUUUUGAUAGCGGCAGCUCAUUCACCUACUUUGCUGCACAGCCAUAUCAAGCGCUUGUCAGCGCGCUUAAGGGUGGUCUAAGCAGGACUCUGAAAGAGGUAUCUGAUCCCUCCCUGCCUCUCUGCUGGAAAGGGAAGAAACCAUUCAAAUCUGUGCUUGAUGUCAAAAAGGAGUUCAAAUCAUUGGUUUUGAGCUUUGCCAAUGGCAAGAAAGCACUCAUGGAGAUCCCUCCUGAAAACUACCUCAUUGUCACUAAAUAUGGGAAUGCAUGUUUGGGCAUCCUCAACGGAUCGGAAGUUGGUCUCAAGGAUCUGAACAUUCUUGGAGACAUUACCAUGCAGGAUCAGAUGGUGAUAUAUGACAAUGAGAGAGGGCAAAUUGGAUGGAUUCGUGCACCCUGUGAUAGAAUCCCCAACGACAAUACCAUUCAUGGGUUUGAGGAAGGUUAUUGUUGGCCCCAGUUCCCUGGGAUCAUUGGUCUCCCGAAUGAAGAUUGCCCAGCCUAUUACCGCUCGAAUAUAGUGUAAUUACCAACUGAAGGCCACUGCCCACUAGAGCGAUGAAAGAAUAGAAGAAUGGUCAUCUGGGGGACAGGGGGACGAGGCUGAACAAAGGGUUAGGAGCAUGUAUUCUUUAGGAAAAGGAAAAGCGUCACAUGUAAACAUCAUAAUGUUCAUAUGAAAUAUAAUGACCACGGACAUGUAUUCAGUAUAAUAUUUUCGAGUUUUUCUUUGUGCAUUCAUUACUUGGUGUUGUAUUGAUGUAAUACUCCUGUCCCAGGUGCUUUGAAAUUGCAUAUAUAAACAAGACAAAUAUGGGUUGUAUUAGUGGCCAAAA